AGUAGCUCCAAAGAAAUCCGACAAACCGUGUAAGCGAAUCAGAAAGUCACAUGUAUGGGGUUGCAGGAAACAAUGAUGGACACAAUGAUAAGUCACAUAAUGAACCUGAAACCUCCGCAGAUUUCUUUCUAUUGCUCGGCGUUUUCCGUCUUGCUCACACUUCAUUUUACGAUACAGCUUGUAUCGCAGCAUCUCUUUCACUGGAAGAACCCCAAGGAACAAAAGGCUAUACUCAUCAUUGUUCUUAUGGCUCCUAUCUACGCUGUUGUUUCCUUUAUUGGUUUGUUAGAAGUCAAAGGAAGUGAAAUCUUCUUCCUCUUUCUAGAAUCCAUCAAAGAAUGCUAUGAAGCUCUCGUCAUCGCCAAAUUCUUGGCAUUGAUGUAUAGUUAUCUAAACAUAUCUAUGAGCAAAAACAUCGUGCCUGAUGGAAUCAAAGGAAGAGAGAUUCACCAUUCUUUCCCAAUGACUCUUUUCCAGCCUCAUGUAGUCCGUUUGGAUCAUCGCACUCUUAGACUUUUGAAAUACUGGACAUGGCAAUUUGUGGUCAUCCGACCCUUGUGCUCCUCUUUGAUGAUAGGUUUACAGCUCAUUGGGUUUUAUCCUUCCUGGUUGAGCUGGACAUUCACUAUCAUCCUCAAUUUCUCGGUUUCUCUUGCUUUAUAUUCUCUCGUGAUCUUCUACCAUGUGUUUGCUAAGGAGCUUGCUCCUCAUAAUCCUCUAGCAAAAUUCCUCUGCAUCAAAGGAAUCGUCUUCUUUGUCUUUUGGCAGGGAAUAGCACUAGACAUUCUGGUAGCAAUGGGAAUCAUCAAAUCUCACCAUUUCUGGUUGGAGGUGGAACAAAUCCAGGAAGCUAUUCAGAACGUGAUGGUAUGUUUUGAGAUGGUUGUAUUCGCCGCCGUUCAGAAGCAUGCUUAUCACGCUGGUCCUUAUAGCGGCGAGACCAAGAAGAAACUCGACAAAAAGACCGAAUGAUCAUUGCGCGUCAGAGACUGAAAACCAAAUCAGCCAUUCUAAAAGCCAAUUCUUGGUGAUCUUGUAUGUUAUGUUGAGGGAAAAGAAGCAAAGUUUUUUUGCUUGAAAUCUUUUGGUUGUCCAUGAUUGGGAAAAGAAAAAUAAACGUUAGAGUAAAGCUAUACACUUGUCUAGCCUCCAUUUAUGUUUUGGAA